GCAACUGGCACGAUAUCUGUGCAGUGACUGCUGUCACUUUAACACUUAUGUAUGAGUUUGCUGAUGAAUGAGUUUUACUUGAAAUAAAUCCAGUUACCGAUGCGGCACAACAGGCGCUUCGAAUUCUCUGGGAAAUCUCGCAACGAGUGUUUGAACACUCCUCCUAUUCAGCAGUUGUUCCAGCUCCCCUGAACAUCUGGUUCCACACAUAUUCCAGCUAUGAAUGCAGCGGUCUUGGCACGAGUGGUUGGCCUUGGGUCCGUCGCUGUCGGCUCGCUGUUCUGCUGGUCUCAAACAAAGUCCUCCGCCGCCUGCGAGGACUCGCCGCAGUUGGAGCUCAAGCUCGUCCAGGUUCUCUUCCGCCACGGCGCGAGGACACCGCUGAAGUCGAUCCCUGACGUUUUAGAGGUGCAGUGGGUGCCAAAGCUGCUGGAUGUGCCCCCUCACACCCUCAUCGAUUAUGUGGUCACAGACCUUCAAGGAGGACCGCAACCUGCCUCCCCUGUCGAGGACAGCUAUAGGGAACACGCACUCAGUGGAGGGACGUACCCGGGUCAGCUGACCACCAUUGGCAUGCAGCAGCUGUACGACCUGGGCACGCGGCUGAGGGCCCGAUACAUCCAGGAUGUGCCCUUCCUGACGCCCUCCUUCACCCCCGCCGAGGUCUACAUUCGCUCAACCAACAUUGUGAGGACCAUCGAGUCUGCGAAGUGCCUGGUAGCGGGGCUGUUUCAACAGAAACAGACAGGUACUGUUCCUAUCCUCACGUCACAGGCCGAGACCGAGAUCCUCUACCCAAACUACCACGGCUGCAAGCUGCUGAGACUGCUUAGCGGUCACCGCUGGGCAGAGUCGGCCAAGCUGCCGGACAUCGCCAAAGACAUUAAGGAGAUCCAGGGCGACCUGGGCAUCCCCCUCGAGAAGGAGGUGGACUUCAUCCUCAUCAGGGACGACAUGGUGGCGCGCCAGACACACGGCCUGGCCUGCCCUCCUCAACUGGACAACUGGAAGAGUAAAGUGGAGCAGAGAGCUGUGGACAUGAUCUACCAUGUGUACGAGCCAAGCAAGAAGGGGAACCUGCAGCUGUGCGUGGGUCCUCUGCUGCACACCAUGCUGAGCAACAUGGAGGAGAAGGUCCAGGGCACCUCCUCUGAGCCCCACAGGAAGCUCUUCCUGUAUUCUGUCCACGACACCACACUGAUGCCCUGUCUGAUGGCGCUGGGCAUCUUUGACAUGAGAUGGCCGCCGUACGCCGCCGACAUCACCAUGGAGCUGCUGGAGAACCGCACCACCAAAGAGGCCUUCGUCAAGGUGCUCUACCUGGGCAAGGAGCAGCACAUCCCUGGCUGCAGUUCGAAGACGUGCCCGCUGAAAGAGUUCCAGCAGGCCAUGGCGGAGUACGCUCUACCCCUGGAUCGCUACAACAAGCAAUGCGAGGAGACCAAAGGCUUUCCCUCGGAACCCUGACCGCCACCGCCACCGCCACUUCAGAAUCUGCCCUCUCUCCUUCUGUCUCUGUCUGCCCCAACCUGUUGUUUUGAUGUCACCCUCCCAUCACCUCUCUACAGUAUACCUCAACACUCUUACAAUGGUCAUUUAUCAUCAACCUGAGAGGUAUUCCAAGAAUAUGGUUCAGUGAUAACCUUGGUUAUGUUGACCUACAUGAAGUUGUGAACCUGCUAAUAAUACACAGCCUGCAGGCAUGAUUUAGUGAAGAAAAUGAGGAUCUUGUCUCUUCUAUUAGGUGAUUUACCGCUACCUCCGGGUUAACUUCACCUGGUUUACUACUGAACCAGCUUCUUGGAAUUCCUGCCUGUGAUGCAUUGUUUCUGGCAUUUGUUUCGUUUUUAAUCAGAAAAGCACCAAGUAAAAUAUUCAACUCUG